GACACAUUUCAGUUGAAGGAAUUCCGUUGUACAACUGACUAGGUGCUUUGGGAAAGGGACCGGAUCUGGGAAAACGACAACGUAUCCAAGCCUCUUCCUUAAUAUGAGGUGUGAGUCCGGAGUCUGAGGGUGAAAAAGAGGAUAAUUUAAUAGAUCGCUGUUCAUUCAAUACGGCAGCUCUCUGAGAUGAGCUCUGUUGAGAUGACGGGGCUUCAGUUCAUCUGAUCAGAAGAUGUUGUUUGUCUGUGGGCACACAAAGAGGACUGUCGGUGGAUUAUCUUGGCUGUCCGUUUAAGGUGAAGCUCUCUGUGUGUUGUGAUAUGGCAUACCUGGUUCACACGGCUCACCCUCAGUUCGUCAGCCUGUGGUUGAGCGCCGUGGGUUGGGCCCUUACCGCGGUGACCCUUGGACUCAUCCAGUGGAGGGUCUGGCAGGUGGCCGACUUGACCUUCAUCACCUCAGGAGAGGCCUGGGUCGGUCUCUGGAGGGUGUGUUUCUAUAGCCAUACGCUCGUGACCUCUGGGUUCAGGGUCAUGUAUUGUCAGAGUAUGGCGCUGUCCGACUCCUUCACGCCCCCGGAGGUCGCCACGGCCCAGGUGCUCACUCUGCUAGGGCUGGUCGUGGGGUUCUGUGGCAACGCCGCCGCCGUCUACGCCCUCAGGAGCGUCUAUUUUGGACUGGAGAAGCAGACGCCUAUCCGCCGUGCGUUCGCAGUGGCUGGUACUCUGUGCUUGUUGUCCGCUGUGUGUUUUCUCAUACCUCUCCUGUGGAACUUGAACUCGGUGGUGACCAAUCAAACGAUUGCGUUCCCUUCGAACUUCCACAUGCCCCCUGCACCUGUGACCCAGAAACCAGGGGCAGGUAUCGGGAUCGGGAUCAUAGGGUCGUUUAUGAUGAUCGUCAGUGGAGUUAUCUUCAUCCUCUACAGGUUCCCUGUCAAGAUGGGACCCAGAGUGGAGCCUUCUGGUCCAGAGGCAAGACACUUUGAUGGGUCACGUGUUGGGACAUUGUCCCCUGGGUCUGUGGGACACAGUAUGGAUAAUCUGAGUAACUCUCAGGCCAGGGACAAUCCUGCCUUCCACUCUGAUGAGCACUUGUGAUUUUUGGCCAUAUCCCAUUUUGUAUUUGAAGCAUUGAAGCAGAAGUGAUGUGACAUAACACAGGAAUAGCCGUUUGAUGAAACUAUGUGGUUCGUUAGAGAACCCCUCCUCAGAACCUCAGAACAAGUGACAUCAAUCGCCUUCCCCUGCGUUCACCUGGUCAGUCUGUCAUGGAAAGAGCAGGUGUUCUUAAU